AUGGAGGACGAGAGCUACUCAGAAUUCGUUGAGGAAGACGACUGGGAUAUCGAGGAGGAGGAAGACGACUUUGAUGUCGAGGAAAACAGGCACAAGGUCAUAGUUGGUAUAACACUUCGAGAGGUUCCCGAGGACGAGGAGGGCAAAGGAGGCAUGAUACGACGGAGCUUGUGCCCCAAAGCUUUGCGUACGAGGGAAAACCAGCUUCCUCUCGAAGAGAAGACAGAGGAUAAUCCACUACCAGCACAAGAGGAGGAAGAGGUACUUCUUGAGGAUAAAGAGGAAGAAAAACCUCUAACACAAGAAGUACAAACGGAAAAAGAAGACGCACAAGAGACUAUUCUUCCUCAGGAUGAAAUAGAGGAAAAUACUUGUCCACAGGAAGAAGUGGCCGAAUUUGUCCUUCCUCGAGAAGAAAAGGACAGUCCUCCCAUCGAGACAAGUAUUCAAGAAGAACAAAAUGGAGGCCUAUCAUGA